CAUGAGAUAUUAUCAAAACUUGUUCUUUUUGCAUCUAUAAUGAGAACCCAACUCAGCUUUCUGGGUUUCUUGAUACCCUUUUACCUCAUCUUUUUUGGGCUUGAUAUGAUGUUGGUUUCAGCCCAGUGUCAAAUCAACCAACACUCAGUUUUGAUCCAGUUAAAGAACACACUCCAGUUUGAUUCUUCUCAUUCAACAAAACUAGUGUCCUGGAACCCAAACACCACAGAUUGCUGCACCUGGGGAGGUGUUACUUGCAGCAUAAACGGUCAGGUUAUCGGCCUAGACUUGAGCAACGAAACGAUAUCCAGUGGAAUCAAUGAUUCUAGUGUUCUUUUCAAUCUUAAGAACCUUGAAAGCCUGAAUCUUGCUGAAAAUGAUUUCCACUUGAGGAAAAUUCCUUCAAGACUUGGUAAUCUUGCCAGCUUGUUGUAUCUUAACCUAUCGAAUUCAGGUUUUUCGGGCCAGAUUCCUGGAGAACUGUCACUGCUGACAAGGCUGGAUACACUUGUUUUAAGUAGUAACAAACUGGAAGGAGAAUUUCCGAGAUCUAUCUUUGAACUUCAAAAGCUUAGUAUCUUGUUAUUAUCAUCUAAUAACCUGAGUGGAACCGUAAGUAUGGAAGACUUCCAAGAUCGUUUAAGCAAUCUAACGACUCUGGAUCUUUCGUAUAAUAACUUAUCGAUCAUAACGAGUGAUAACAUCACUCUCGUGAAUCAUUUUCCAAACCUAUCGAUCUUGAGGUUGGCGUCUUGCAAUCUUUUAAAGUUUCCUAAUCCAGGAAACCAAUCAAGAUUGACACUUCUUGAUCUUUCCAACAACAAAAUUGAAGGAAAUAUCCCCAAAUGGAUAUGCAAUGCUUCCUACCUAAAGAUUCUUGAUUUGUCAAACAAUCGAUUAAAUGGAACGAUACCACAGUGUUUGAUUGAGUUUGGCCGCAAUCUUGCGGUACUAGACUUGGCACACAAUGAUCUCAUUGGUCAAAUAGAGGGAACAUUUCCUAGCAACUGCGGGUUGAAUAUUCUAGACCUGCGGGGGAACUCUUUGGAAGGGAAGAUCCCACAAUCUCUUGUCAACUGUACAAUGCUACAGUUCUUAAACCUCGCAAACAACAUGAUGAAUGACACUUAUCCAUGUUCUUUGGGUGACAAUACCAAACUGCGUGGCCUCGUUCUGAGAUCCAACAGGUUCCACGGAUCCAUGCGAUGUGGUCAAAACCAACACGACAAAUGGUCCAACCUUCAGAUUCUAGACAUAGCUCACAACAGUUUUAGUGGUGUUGUUCCAGCAGAGUUUCUCUUGCAAUGGCGUGCUAUGAUGACCGGGACGGUAGUAUACACAGCUAUUGACAUCUCAGAUAAUCAAUUUUCAGGGGUGAUACCGCUCACAAUUGGAAGACUCAAAGCAUUGUAUUUUCUCAAUGUAUCACAUAAUGAGUUCACAGGCUCUAUCCCACCAUCUAUUGGAGAUUUGAGUCAGCUGGAAACAUUAGACAUGUCUACAAACAAAUUGACCGGGGAGAUCCCAUAUUCACUCACACGCCUUUCAUUUCUUUCAUACUUGAAUUUGUCAUACAAUCAGUUGCAAGGAAGAAUCCCAGAUGGAAUCCAACUUUCGACUUUUGGGAAUGAUUCCUAUAUAGGCAACGAGGGAUUAUGCGGAUUUCCUUUGAGCAAAGCUUGCCCUAGAUCAAUUGCACCCGUACCAAUAUAAUGAACUAUGCACCGAGUUCCCAAGAAUCUGGUAAUGUAAAUGACUAGCAAACUUGUCAAAUAAAGCAGUCUCCAUCAUUCUCCAAACUGUGUGUUUUGUUAUCUGAAAUUUAUCUACUGUUAUUUCUCAUAUAUUUCAAUAUGUAUGUAGAGUGAGAAUGUGAAGUCUUGAAGUAAAAGAAAGUGAAAAAUAUAUUAAU